CUCCCUCUUGCUCUAGUAGGAGAGGCGCACAGGGGCCGCUGAUGAAUGGGACACGAGUCCGCCAGAGACGCUCUCAAAUGUUUCAGCCUGGAAGGAAAAAAGAGAGACGAGUGGAAGCGCAAACUGUCGCUUGUGUGAUUCUCCAAGUAGCGUGUUAUGGUCAGAUCUCAAGGAGAAAAUCAGUUCGGAGUUAAUUCUGUACAAUUUGCUGUUUGGAUAUUAAUCGCUUUCUUCGUUUUUCGUUCCCAUCUUAAGUGACCUGUGUGCCUGGCCGUGAGUCGGAGCGCCAGCGGCUGAGUUGGAUCACCCUUAAAACAAAUAUUACAAGUGAGGAUAUGUGUGACCCCCAAUAUUUUUAACACGUGGUAGACAAAACAUACAGGAAAGGCCUGACAUGCCCAAGACAUCCAUGAAAGACAUCAGGAAGACAUCCCAAGGACCUGAGACAGCAAACAUGGAUAAACCGAAUUCCAACGACUGCACAGUGGGCACCGUCCCUUUGGUCAGUGAGGUGCAGCUGACCGCUGCGACUGGGGGAGCUGAGCUGUCCUGCUAUCGGUGCACUGUGCCCUUUGGCGUCUUCAUCCUGAUCACGGGCAUCGUGGUGACGGCAGUGGCCUACAGCUUUAAUUCCCACGGAUCUAUCAUCUCGGUAAUUGGACUGGUGCUGCUGUUUACUGGACUGCUUUUAUUAUUAUCAAGUGCCGUGUGCUGGAAAGUGCGGCACGAGUGCAAGAAGGCAAAGCGGCGGGAGAGCCAGGCCGCUUUGAUGGCCAGCCAGAGGAACAGUUUUGCUUGAAAGCGUCAUUUCCAGCUUCAUUUAAAUCCCGUGCACUCUGCUUCUCCAUGUUUCAAAUGCUGGUCUGUGGUGGCAAUGUUACUUGUUUGUGCCUUUCACCUCAAAGAGAAGGUGUACGUGACGCUCUCUUGACAUUGACAAUGGUUCUUAGAUGGCAACACAGAUAAUAGUUACUGUCUUUGCUUUUACUGAUCAUUUUAAAUCCUAAAAGAAUCCCAUCUGGAUAACCUGGAUUUCAGCCAGAACUAAAGGAUUACUGUUUAUUAAAGAAAUAAAUGAGCUGGGCCUUGGAUGCGGAUUUCCUAUUAACUAUUGUAACCACCACGAAGAGCCAGACUGAGAAGGGGAAUAAAAAAAGCACGAUUUUCCAAUUCCAUCUUGUUCUGUUUUGACUGAACUGUGGCACUUAAUGGUACUUCAAGAUUUGCUUUUUAUAUUUGGUAAAAGUGCAAACAACAGUCCUCUUUUUAUAUGUUAUCAUUAGACUAUAAAGUAGCAGACAACAAGUUUUCCACCCUUGGUUAAGCCUGUUUGGUGUGUUUUAUGUGGACACAUCAUCCAUUAGAAGAUCGAAGGCUACUGCACUUCCAGGACACGGACACAGGCGACUCCUCAAGAAGAAGAAGAAGAUUGUUUCCCUUAUUCUUCAACCUUGGUCAAACCAUUUGUAACUAAAUUAUAGCAAAUAUUUAUGGUUAUACUUUCUGUAACUGGUAGCGUCUGUAAUAUCUUGAAAACUAAAUAAAAAGAGCUUUACCAGCAGA